AUGAAACGCCUCCAACUGUAUGGCGCUCUCCCCCGCGUACGCUCCAGCUCGAUCUCCUCCCUCGCUGUCUCAACGCCGUCCUCGUCGUCGCGGCCCAUCCUCUCUGCCCCGCCGCGCAUCCCCAGCGAGGCCCCGAAGCAAUCGCAGCACUCCCAACUCGCACUCACGCAGCCCAACUCGGGCCUGCACCCAACUCUCCUCCCAUGCACUCCGCCUAUCACGCCAACAUUCAACCCCAUGCCACCACAAGCCACCAGCUCCUUGUCUGCUCAUGUAACAGAGGCUCCCCGUGCAGCCAAACGACAACGACUGCAAUACCAGCUCGACGUUGGCGCCUACGGCAUCCCCAAGCACCGUUCAAACCACCCCCAUUCUCGCACAUUCCACACGCGAUCACACACGCCGUCGAGUAGCACCUAUCCGCAUACUUCCCUCUCCGUUCAAGUUGGAGAAGAUGCCUAUUUCGUGCGAGACAACGCGAUGGGCAUCGCAGACGGUGUCGGCGGCUGGGCUCGCACACAUCCACAAUCCUCCCAACACCCGACACCCUCAGCCCUCUUUUCCCGCCGCCUCAUGCACUUUUGUUCUGCAGAAAUCGAAGCGCUAUCCACCUCCGACCCCGCAAUUUUCACAUCUGCCCCUGACCCCGCAUCUCCCCGGUCCAGACCCCCAACCACCCAGUUUUCAUUUCAACAUCACCUCAAGCCCCGGCCUGCACCACCGCCGUCUCACGAUGCGUACACCUUCUCGGAGCUCGAGGAUUCUCUGCAUUCCUCCCUAGAAGAGCUUUCGGAAGGCAUCGACGUCCUCCAAAUCUUAGAACGAGCCUACGACAGUACCGUCAAGGCCCACCUUGCACCUUCUGCACCGACACCAGUUCCCCUCACCACUGGCUCUUCCACAGCUCUUCUCGCCGUGCUCGACCACCCACCGCCACCGACACUCCAUCCUCACCCGCUUCUACAAUCACCCGAACCCCCGCACAAGAACUACGCCGCCGGUUCAAUCCAUGUUUCUCCUAUCGAAGCCCAGCCAACCCCACAGCCAAGCGCCGCACUAUCCCAGCCUCAAGCACCCAAUUCUUCCUCGGCCAUUCCACCUGAUAGCGAACCUGCACCAUCGAUAUCCCGCAAAAGUGACGCAGCGUGUGCACCUGACGCGGAGGCGGAUCCGAAUUCGUACGACGCGGUGAUCCGUAUCGCCCACCUGGGAGACUGCAUGGGGAUGCUCGUCCGCGACGACCGCAUCGUCUGGCGCAGCGACGAGAUGUGGUGGGGCUAUAACCACCCGCUCCAGCUCGGCCCGCCCUCGACGCCACUCACCGACCCUACAGAGCCGUUGCAGCUCCCAGUAAAACCGCAUACAUUCACGCUUCCCGUAUGCGCAGACGACAUCCUUAUCCUCGCGUCGGACGGGCUGAGCGACAACCUCUGGGACGAGGACGUGCUUGAUGAAGUGCUCAAGUUCCGGAAGCAGGAUGGGUGGGGGUUCUCUUCCUCUGGAUCAUCGUUAUUUUCCUCCUCCGGCUCGCUGUCAAACGCGUUCGCCUCCCUUAACAUUGACCCCCGGUCAGAGAAGCUCUCGCACGACACACAUAUCCUCCGACGCAAAGCCUUCGCAGGCAUGCUCUCCGAAGCGCUCUGCUCGCGCGCAAAGCGUGUCUCGGAGAUGCGUCCCCCUCCACGGCGGCGCCCCUCUCUCUCCUCCUCGUCUUCCCCCACCUCAUCAUCGUCACUCAAGUUCAGCGUCAUCCCAGAAGAGCCCCAACCCUCAUCCAACGCCAAGCCCUCCGUCUCUCUCGUCACCUCGGACGACGACUCCUCAUCUCCAUCGUCUGAGUCGUCGCCUUCAUCGGGGUCGACUUUGCGAUCUUCAGCAAACGAAGAUCCGGCAGACCCCGCGGAGAUUCCGUUCGCUCGUCGUGCGCGGCUCGCAGGGCGGUCGUUCCGCGGUGGCAAGCAUGAUGACAUCUCGGUGAUCGUUGCGGUUGUCUCCCCGCUCCCUUCUGUGCCCUCCGCCCCUGCUGCCGGUUCAAUUGCUACCCCUGCAGGACCUGCUAACGGACAUGCGAAGGAGGCAAGGUCGGCUUUGUGA